AUAAAAAUGUUGGAAGCUUUUUACGACACUGUUGGACGUGUCAUUCGACCGAUUUGGCGACGUAUGUUGAUUCGUUUCGCCACUGGGUGGAGGCGUAUUUGGCGUAGAGUUUGGCCAAACUCCCAGGCAGAUGAUCUUCCAUCAUUGUCAACACCAUCGCUGGAGCCGGAAUCAUUUCCAAACAAGAGGUUUCACUCGUCGACGCCAGCACUCGAGCUGCCUCCAACACCGGAAGAGCCAAUACCAGUAGAUCCGUUUGCUCAGCAUCGCGCAGUCUUUUUCGAAACAUUGGAAAACGGAUGUUUGUCUGCCUUGCAACUCACGCUCGGCAAUGUGGAACCGGAAGUCAAAGCCUGGCUGGUCGAAUCGCACAAUGAACGCGGAGAAACGGCUCUCGUAGUGGCCAUCCGACGCAGGGACCUUGCUCUCGUCCAAUACCUGAUGGAUGAUUUGAAAGUCGACAGCUGUCGGAUUGGUAACUUUACCUGGAACGGCGUUGAAUACCUGGACGUCCCGCCAUUGUUUAUGGCCAUCAUUUGCGCCGAUUUUUACAUCUUCAAAUACAUGCUCGAGUACCAGCAUCUCAACUUGGUCGACGAAAGAGCCGGAAUCAAUGAGAUCCUCGCGAGUUUGCAGCCGAGCCAGGAGAAGAUUAAUGUCUUGGAGCUAUUGGGGGCCGCUUACAUUCAUCACGAUCUCGUACAUCCCAGAAACAACAAUCAAACAACCCGACGGCGUGGACUGCAGUACUGGAGAGAAGCUAUGAAUCUACGUCAUCCUUCGAGCGUCGAGCCGCCAAUACCCAAAAUUCUUCCGCAAACGUCCGACAUUUCUCGCAAGGCCAUGGGCUUCUCUUUUGAAAUAACAACUCCGCAAGAACUGGAGCAACUCGACAACGCCAACAACAACAUCCAGCUCUUUACUCAAGCUAUUUGGGCUAUCCAGCGUAUUAUGGGUCAAUUGAUUCCGGAGCCCCAUUCCUUCACUCUGUACAGACUCUACACGUACGCUUACGAGUUCUACGAUGCCGGCCAGUACAGCCGGGUCGUCAACAUUUUGAUGCUCAUGCUGGAGCCAUUCCGACAACAGCCGAGUGACUGUUGGGAUAUCAACUUUUCGAUCAUCGGAGCACUGGACAUCAUGAACGACAGCUUCAAGAGGUUAAACAAAAUGCCACCGCUCAGCCAACAGGGUCUGGAAGACUUUACUUUCGAUAAUCUAAUGGCGGCCUUUGACUUUGCUGUCGUUGUUAAUCGUCAAGAGAUGCGGAGGGAAUUAGCGCCAGCUGCCAAGGGCCGGCUGGACACUUGCUUGUACGAUAUUGUCCUGAAUUUAACCGAGAUGCUGCCCAAGUUGAGCCAAGAGGACGGCCACCGAUUCAAGAAAGCUCUUUACCAUUUCAUUGGCACGAAUCACAAGUUCAAUUACUUCGACCAGGGCGACAUUCUUCACGUGGCUUGUCGCCGGGCUCCGAUUUCCCUUGAUCUAAUCCAGUUGCUGCUCGAUCUGGGAGCGGAUGCCAAUUCCGUCAGUGCCAAAGGGAAUACUCCGCUUCACUUGCUGGCCAUGAUUAACUACCAAGUCUGGUCGCCCACAAUCACGGACGCCGUUCAAAAGCUGCUGGAUUUUGGAGCCCAUAUCGACCAGCCCAACCGAUCCGGAAGAAGAGCUUUGGGGAUAUUGAAAGCUAAACACAGGCAGCUCUGCCUUCAAGGAUUACCCGAUGUCAAACUUCGAUCCCUGCUGAACAACAAUGUUUUACCGCUGACAUGUCUGGCCGCCCAAGUCGUGCGCAAAAACCGAAUCCCGUUCGAGGACGGUCAAGUCCCGGUGGAUUUGCACUCAUUCAUCCGCCGACACUGAAAUGUCGAUCCAAAAAAUCCUCGCAUUCAAAUUCUCAUAUGAUUUACACGAGUCUUGAUUAAAUACACAUCAUUU